GGUGGCAUAUCAUAGCGAGACAUGGUUUAUCGCGGACUUGUGAAGUCGACUAUCGCACCAAGGCAAGGCAAAGCUUGCCGAAGGCAACAUGCAUCGUGUCUAUUUGCUGCGCCAACCGCGUGCAACGCUGAAGCCAGCGACGCGCAAGUGUUUAUUGCGUUCAGUAUCCUAAAGCUUUGCAACGCUGCAGUCCUUGUCCGACUUGUCAGAGAAGCUGAAGCGAUAUACGGCGUACUAGAUCGGCUAGACUCAGUGGCCGUUUCGUUCGCGUUGCACCUUUUGCCGAACAAUGUCAAUUACUUGGAGACUCUCCAUGCUCGAUAAUGUUGGCAGAGACGCCGAGGAACUCAUGGGUUCUUAUUUCCUUGAUGGCUUGCUGCGAGACGCAGUCUGCGAUGGUGGUGCUUGCUGCGAUAUAUUGAUCUGCAUCUGCAUCUGCCACGACCUCCAGCGCUGAUAACCAACCCGCAGCUCGUUGCUAGAAAGCUUCUGCAAGAGUUGUUGCUCGGCCCGCCCAGAACGACGCGCCGAAAAUACAUACACUUGGAAGAUACACAUGUGAUCACUGUCGGUAUUCUUGAUCUCCUCGUCUUCAGUUCCGAAACAGCAUCAACCUCAAGAAGCCGCCUGCGUACCCUCUCAUCGAGGCCAAAGACGAUAUAAUUUGUGCGACAGCCUACACUAACUACGCCACCCAUCACGUGCAUAGAGGCCACUGUUUGCGAGCCACAAGUCAAGCUUCCUGCUACUCGGUGGCACAUCUCGGCGCUUCUCAACGGCUACCUCGUGCGACAUCGAGCUCAUUCGGCAAAAGGCCCCUCGGCGAGCAAGCAAAACUUCCGUUGGCAAGCAAAUCAAAGCUGAGUACUCCGGUACUGGUAACUUCAAUACCAUUAUGACGGACACGAGCAUCCAUCUGCAGCGCCUGCAGCGCGUGUGCGAGACGACCAAGAACUCCCUCAACAUAAGCACGCAGGUGGCGCUGGCCGGCGGCGUAGCUGCGCCCGCCAUCAUGUACCAAAUGGACAUAUCUUUCCGCAGCACACGCAACAAGUGGAGCAUCGCCAAACGUUACUCGGAAUUCUACGCCGUGCGUCAGCAGCUACGCAAGUUCCUCAAGCAAUACAAGCAACACGGCACUGUGGUCGACUGGACUUCCCCACUGUUGGCGCUGGACAAGACCCUUGAGGCUCCAUUCCCGCGCCGCCACUUCCGCUGUGAUAACAACAUGAUCAUCGCCGAGCGCCGAGCGGCACUAGAGACGUUCGUACAGUCGCUGGUGAAGAUCAUCGCCAGUAUCCCCAUGACGGCUGAUGUUGCUGGUACUGAUGAGUCAGCAACGACAGCUGAGGCCAAGCAGCUACUGACACUAUACACGAUCCUACGCGACUUCCUCGAGUACCCGGACAAGCAGAUCGAGAGCGAGACCAAGCUAAAGCUGGCCGUAUUAUCGCUCGAGGACGUGGUCGUGGACUCCCGGAGCAACCUACUCGAAGCCGUUGAGGGUCUCAGCACUAGCGAUUGCUGCAGUAUCUGUCUUGGCGAAUGGGAUGACGAAGAGUGCAUCGGCAUGAACGUGGUCAAGUUGCCGUGCCUGCACGCCUUCCACGAGGAAUGCCUGCUCGAAUGGCUGCAGGGCAACACUCACUGCCCUAUGUGCCGCGAGGAACCGAGGACCAGCGACUCUCGUGCUAGCAUGGAUGAUGGUAUCGCCUGCCACCACGACCACGACAUCAAGGCGGACGCAGCAGCUUACACGGACAGGCACACUUUUGGCUAGGUAAACUUAAGGGAAGAGUUAGCUAGGUCGUGCCACAAUUGGUUCGUUCAGUUAUUACCGUAGGAAAGCAAUAGAGUCGCUGCACUUAUUUAUCGUUCUCAACUCUGCAUUUCCCGCAGCCACACAGUGACGUCAACAGCAAAAGAAUGGCAAGCCUUUCGGAAGGACUUGCACACUUCCAACAUGUUGCAAUCAUUUCAACAUGGGUACUUUACCA